GCUGCUGAUGAAUGCCGCGGCAACCAAACAGGACCACACUCACUCCUGGUGAUACCUGCAACAACCAGGCAGAUCCGGAUCGUGUUGACAAAGCAAUGUUAACAUUGUUAGAAGAUCUAAGUCACCUCGCUGUUCCUCUGGUAGAGUGUAGAUGGUAGAUGGUACAGGUUACAGAUAAGUUGGUGUAUGUCGUGGGUAGUCGAGGAGGGUAGAUGGUAGUGAUAGAGGGUAGAGGUAAAAGGUAGAGGUACUGUAGAUAUGGUAGAUUGUAGAUGGUAGAGUGUAGAGUAUCCAGGGAUACGUACAUAAUAAGCAGACCUCCCCUGAGGUGUCAGAUGCAGUCCCUAGCACCAGGUGCUUGUCGGGGCUAAGAUGGCGACGGGUGGUUACAAUGUGUGACCUGGUGGAUUGUGUAACAUCGUACCCGGGGCGUGAUAUAGUUUCACUAUUGUUGACUUUAGAGUUACACAACACAACGUCUGCAAUACUCCAACAACCGUCUAUAAAUGUAGAAACUAAUAUUGUAUGUUGGCGCUAUAAAGCCGACGUGGAAACUCCUAUGUAUUCCUUGAUGACGGUGUCAACACAUUGUGUUAAAACACUGACGAUAAAAGCCUUUUAAACAUUUACAUCAAGCAUGUUUGAACAUGUGUAUUGGUCGAGCAAGACUGACUUCAAACAUCUCUGUAAUUGAGUUGUUUUCUGACUGGUAACCCAUGACAACGUGGAUUUAUGUACAGAUUCAGACGUCUCCUCACCAUCAUUGACAACACUGUGAGUGUCGGUGCAUACAGAUGACAGGCGUGUCAGAUAUGUGCAGCGCACUUCCCUGCCCUUGUGUUAGGAUGAUGGCCACACUGGUACAUGUGAUGGUCGUGGUCAUGAUGGCGCUGCCUAUGGGUCAAGGUCGUGAGGCGACAUCCUGCCUGACUACCUCCGAGACGAAAGUUAACCUACAGUGUGAGGCGUCAGAGAAGAUCCACGUCAUCAGAAAGUUCUACAAGAACCCAAGCACCUGCCCAGGAGAUCCAACCCCUUGUGAAUAUACGGAAGAUUUCCCAACCAUCACUUGUAAUGGGGUCAGUCAAUGCCAGGAGGAGGUGACCAUUUUCGGGAUAAACCAAACAUGUGGAACCAGGUCUGCCCAGGCCACUGUUCAGUACGAAUGCAUUACAGGUAACCCCGUCAACAUCUGUGACGUCACAACCCUGUCACGUGACAACACGCUAUAUCUUGCCUCCCCAACGUACCCACGUGGUUCUGGGAAUAUGAAAACCAACGGAACAUGCGUGUGUGACGUCACAGGCACGAUGAUGAAGGUCUCCAUCCUGGAGGUUUACUUCCGAGGCACCGGCAGCAAAAUAACAGGCAGGCUGGUUGUGAUCGGAGACACGGCGGCAUGGACGUCAGACGACCGCGUCCCUGUCGUGUACAACACCUUGGUCAUCAACGACACCGACAACCUCAAGGUUGCCUUUAACGACUUUGAACAGCUAAGCCAGGACAUGUGGAUUAAGGUUUCAGGAUCUUCAAAUAUGACAGCAAUCUGUUACCAUGGAGAUGACAACAUAACGGUGCCGACCUUCACCGCGCCAUCAUCCCCUGCCCCGACCGGUCAGUACACGACAGCUGUCAACACGACGCCAUCACAUAACAAUACAGACCCUGAUAAGACGCAACUGAGGCAAGAUUUCCAAAGGUCGAUUGUUGUCAUCACAGUCUCUGCCGCAAUCGGUGCAGUCCUGGUCGUCACAGUCAUCAUCGUUGUCGCAGUCAUGGUGUUCCGAAAGGAGCCGAUCAGUCCAGGGAAGCAGUACGUCAUUGAGGAGACAAACUCCAACGAGGAAAUGAAGGAAGUGGAAGAUUGUGACAUGCCAACCUUCGUCAUGAAUACCCUCAUGUAGCAUAGCAACCGUUGUCAUGAAUACCCUCAUGUAGCAUAGCAACCGUUGUCAUGAAUACCCUCAUGUAGCAUAGCAACCUUUGUUGUGGAUAUCCUGAUGUAGCAUAGCAACCGUUGUCAUGGAUACACGCAUGUAGCAUAGCAACCUUCGUCAUGGAUACCCUCAUGUAGCAAAGCAACCUUCAUCAUGGAUACCCUCAUGUAGCAUAGCAACCGCUGUCAUGGAUACCCUCAUGUAGCAUAGCAACCGUUGUCAUGGAUACCCUCAUGUAGCAAAGCAACCUUUGUUAUGGAUAUCCUGAUGUAGCAUGGCAACCGUUGUCAUGGACACCCUCGUGUCACAAAAUGCCCUCGUGUAGAAUAGCAACCGUGAUAAUAAAUAUACACAUGUUAUCUCAGCCAUGCUACCAAGCCUUUGUCAUGGCUACCCCUGUUACCAAGCCUGUGUCAUGGCUACCCCUGUUACCAAGCCUGUGUCAUGGCUACCCCUGUUACCAAGCCUGUGUCAUGGCUACCCCUGUUACCAAGCCUGUGUCAUGGCUACCACUGUCACCAAGCCUGUGUCAUGGCUACCCCUGUUACCAAGCCUGUGUCAUGGCUACCACUGUUACCAAGCCUGUGUCAUGGCUACCCCUGUUACCAAGCCUGUGUCAUGGCUACCACUGUUACCAAGCCUGUGUCAUGGCUACCCCUCUUACCAAGCCUGUGUCAUGGCUACCCCUGUUACCAAGCCUGUGUCAUGGCUACCCCUGUUACCAAGCCUGUGUCAUGGCUACCCCUGUUACCAAGCCUAUGUCAUGGCUACCCCUGUUACCAAGCCUGUGUCAUGGUUACCACUGUUACCAAGCCUGUGUCAUGGCUACCCCUGUUACCAAGCCUGUGUCAUGGCUACCACUGUUACCAAGCCUGUGUCAUGGCUACCACUGUUACCAAGCCUGUGUCAUGGCUACCCCUGUUACCAAGCCUGUGUCAUGGCUACCACUGUUACCAAGCCUGUGUCAUGGCUACCCCUGUUACCAAGCCUGUGCCAUGGCUUCCACUGUUACCAAGCCUGUGUCAUGGCUUCCACUGUUACCAAGCCUGUGUCAUGGCUACCACUGUUACCAAGUCUGUGUCAUGGCUACCACUGUUACCAAGCCUGUGUCAUGGCUACCCCUGUUACCAAGCCUGUGUCAUGGCUACCCCUGUUACCAAGCCUGUGUCAUGGCUACCCCUGUUACCAAGCCUGUGUCAUGGCUACCCCUGUUACCAAGCCUGUGUCUUGGCUACCCCUGUUACUGAGUCAUGGAUGAGGUGAAGUCAAAUGGCAGUCUGUGUUUAGCUACAAGCAUGGGACAUGCAACGUAUUUCACUGUCAUUCCCUGCCUGUCGUUUCCUAUCACAUUUUAUACAAAACGAAUUGUGGAAAUACAAGUUCUGGCUCAUGCCAAUCUUCCGAAGAUGUCAGUAUGAUCUGUUCUCACCGUUCUUUCCUUGUUAUGAUUGACUGUUAUAGACAAUGUGUAUUUUAUAUAAUGUCUGUGUUGCUGAACAUAUGUUACUGUUUACUCUCAUUCUGUCGUAUUUCUGUAUUCACGUUUUGGUCUUUCCGGUCUACAUUAACAGUCAAUGCAGCUUCUCCUGAAUAGGUUUCAGAUCAGAUUACACAUCGUAUAACAGCAUUGUAUUUUCGGAACAAGGAUUCAUUACCCUUGUGCAUGUUUAUAUACUUAAGAUUUGUUUUAUUGUUUUGAUGAAAUAUACCUGGAAAGUAUAAUUUUAUAUUUCCUACAGAACUCGUAUAUUCUUCCCCCGAUGUGUAUAUUUCUGAUAUUUAUUAAAUAACUGUAUAUAUUCAUAUGCUGUACAUGGGAUUAUGUGAUAUUCUGACUUGAUGUCGCUGAUUUCCAAUGAUCCAUUCAUUAAUUUUUUCACCGCUAGAUGUACAUAUGCUAUUGUAUUUCUUCGUGGAAUUAACGAACACGGUGCUAUAUAUCCGGGAGCGUUGCACAGUAUUUAAUCAGCGGUGAGGAAGGGGACGUCAAUAGUAACAUGGGCACUUGUGACAAAAGGUUUUGAUAUUUGAUACACAAACCACCAAUCAUAUAAUAAUAUAUUCAAAUGCUUCGACAUUAUGACGUUAUGAUGUUGAAACCGUGUGGUAAUACAUUUGUUUUUUGGUUUUGCUGUUUAAAGUCACAGUCAGCAAUAUUCCAAACUAAACGAAUAAGUAAUAUUAUAAGCAACGUCCCACGCCGCUGUCCUGAUCAUCUGACCCCGUCUCUUACAAAAGACAUGCGUGAGACUGGUUAUUCCCUGGUGUUGUCUCGUACUAAUAUUGAUUUGUAGAGGCAACAUCUCCUAAUCAACGGUGUAAAACAUACAGUAAAACAGAAAAUAUAACAUAAAGUAAAACAUACAAUUUAACAUAUAAUAAAUCAUACAAAAAAGGCCACAUCGGAAUUGGGAAGACAAGCAUCAUAUGGCCAUUUGAUUUGUCGUAGUCUUAAAUACCCACAUAGUCCGGAUACAGCUGUGUUAUAGUCCGGAUACAGCUGUGUUAUAGUCCGGAUACAGCUGUGUUAUAGUCCGGAUACAGCUGUGUUAAAGUCCGGAUACAGCUGUGUUAUAGUCCGGAUACAGCUGUGUUAUAGUCCGGAUACAGCUGUGUUACAUCAUAUGCAUCAAGAAACGUGAGACUGUGGUUUUACUGAAUUCUCCGUGUUCGUCCAUUGUUGUCUAAAUGAGCAGUGAAUAAAUGGAAACCUGA